UCUCCCUCUACACUACACAGUCACAAACGCAAAGAAACAAACACUCAGCACAAAAAAUAAAAAACAAAAGAAAAACAGUUAGCAUCAAUGACAACCCAAUGCUCUCACAGUUUCCUCCUAUUAUCAAUCCUCUUCUUCGCCACCACAUUCUCCAAUCUCCGUUCAACAACCGCCGACGACGACGCCGAAUUCAUCCGUUCAAGUUGCAACGCAACACUCUACCCUGACAUAUGCUACACUUCCCUCUCUCGUUACGCCAAUGCAGUUCAACAGAAUCCUGGCCAACUCGCUCGCAUCGCCAUAGCCGUAAGCUUCUCCAAAGUCCACCGAACUGCCUCUUAUCUCUCCAAUCUCACUCGCGAAGCAGAUUACAGCGGUAGUUCACGCGCCGCACUCGCUCUCCAUGACUGUUUCUCAAAUCUUGACGAUGCUGUUGAUGAAAUCCGUGGUUCGCUUAAACAGAUGCGGCAGAUUGGAGCCGCCGGAACUGGCGCCGGUGCCGGAGCAGAUUCGUUUCUGUUUCAGAUGAGUAACGUGCAGACGUGGAUGAGUGCGGCGCUUACUGAUGAAGAAACGUGUACGGAUGGAUUUCAAGAUGUAGAAGAUUGUCCGGUGAAAGCGGAUGUACAGAAUCGUGUCUCAAAGGUGAAAAAGUUCACGAGUAAUGCUUUGGCACUUGUUAAUGGUUACGCACAAAAAGGAAUGCCUUGAAUUGAUCAAUUUGUGACCGUUUGAUUUGAUUACUAUUACUUUUUUUCUUCCAAUUUCAGAAUUAUUGUUGAGUUAAUUAAAGUGUAGUGUGUGUGACAGUAGUGUGAACGAGAAAGACGUGAAAUGUGAAUGGUGAAUGUAAAUUAUUAUUAUUAUUAUGGUUUUUGGUUAUAGCUUUGUUGUUACUUGGUAGCAAGAAAAAACAAUCGCAUGUGGCUUCUUCACGAGACUUGUGAGCAUGAAUGAAGUGUGUAUAUAUACGGAAAAGAAGCCACAAUUUAAAAUGUAUCGUAUCGUUUGAAGGUAAAGGCGUUUCAGAGAGUUUUUAUUAAA